GGAGCGGGCCGGGGAAAAGACGUUAGCGGGAGGAGUUAGCGGCUGUUGGAAGAACGGGUUCACGGAAACAGUCCCUUCCAAAGCCCUGGCCAUCGCGGCUUGGGCCGCCUUCCUCCCUCCCAGGCCGGGGGCGCUGGCCCGAAGGGGCGCGUGUGCAGACCGCGACCGCCUGCCCUAGCACGCCCGGGCAGGGCGGUGCUGGGGCAGCUGGGGACCACCGCCCGUUGGCCCCGCCCGGCUCUGAACGCCCAGGGGUCGCGGCGCGUCCGCCCGAAGCGUGUCAGCUGCACCCUGUGGAGACCGAGGGUAUGCAUUGCAGCGGCUCCAAAAGCGGAGUAGCCCUAGUUCCACUGUCUCGAGGUCCUGAUGGCUGUCAGAUGGUAACCAGAGCCCAGCUUGGCCAGGAUCCCCCACAAAGAACAGUGCUAGGGGUGCUAACUGAGAAUGGACAGUACAGGAGGUCCUGUGGCCAGGGGAUUACAACAAUCAGGUGUUUCUCUGGAUCAGAAAAUGUCUUCCCUCCAGCUGGAAAGAAAGUGCUCGCUGACUGCGGGGGCCAGGUGCCAGCCAAGCAAGGAUUUGAUAUCUACAUGGAUGAGCCUGAGCAGGGGGACAGAGACAGCUGCACAGGGAGACAGGGGAUGGCAUUUGAGGAUGUGUAUGAGGUAGAUACCAGCACACUCCAGUCAGACCUUCACUUCCUGCUGGAUUUUAGCACAGUUUCCCCUAUGCUGGUAGAUUCAUCUCUCCAUUCCCAGUCUGAAGAUGCAUCAGAUUUUGGUACAGAUGUGAUAAAUGUGACUGAAUAUGCUGAAGAAAUUCAUCAGUACCUUAGAGAAGCUGAAAUAAGACACAGGCCCAAAGCACACUACAUGAGGAAGCAACCAGACAUCACAGAAGGCAUGCGAACAAUUCUGGUGGACUGGCUGGUUGAGGUCGGCGAAGAGUAUAAGCUUCGAGCAGAGACUCUCUACCUGGCCGUCAACUUCCUGGACAGGUUUCUUUCGUGCAUGUCUGUUCUGAGAGGGAAAUUGCAGCUUGUGGGAACGGCAGCUAUUCUUCUGGCUUCGAAAUAUGAAGAAAUAUAUCCACCUGAAGUAGACGAGUUUGUCUAUAUAACUGAUGACACUUACACAAAACGACAACUGUUAAGGAUGGAACACCUGCUCCUGAAAGUCCUAGCUUUUGAUCUGACCGUGCCAACCACUAACCAGUUUCUCCUCCAGUACUUAAGGAGACAAGGAGUGUGCGUCAGGACUGAAAAUUUGGCCAAGUAUGUAGCAGAACUGAGUCUACUUGAAGCUGACCCAUUCUUGAAAUAUCUUCCUUCAUUGAUAGCUGCAGCAGCAUAUUGCCUGGCAAACUAUACUGUGAACAGGCACUUCUGGCCAGAAACCCUGGCUGCAUUUACAGGCUAUUCAUUAAAUGAAAUUGUGCCUUGCCUGAGUGAGCUACAUAAAGCAUGCCUCGAUAUACCCCAUCGACCUCAGCAAGCAAUUAGGGAGAAGUAUAAGGCUUCAAAGUACAUGCAUGUGUCUCUCGUGGAACCACCCGUAGUUCUCCCCCUGCAAUAAGUUUCCUACUGAAGCACUUUCAGAACUUAAUCUCCAGAUCAACAGAAUUCGUCCUAACUUUUAUAGGUUUCUGCAGGUUGGAUCAACUAGUGUUGCUACAAUAUAGAUGACAUAUUUUUAAAAAUGUAAUUGUAUUUAGGUUCUCUUAGACUUUGGUAGCUUGUACUGUCAUCUAACAUUUUUUAAAGAAUAAACAAAGAACUUGCCUUAUGAUCACGAGUCAGACUUAUUUACUCAUUAGGAUGGCUGAUGUACUUGCCUGGAGUUUUAGUCGGGAGCAUUCUAAACGUCCUCUCUAUUUCAAGGGUUCUCCUAAGCUGGUUUCAUAAAUCUGGCCUGCUAUUAGGAUUAAGUGUUCUGAGGAAUUCAGAGAUUUUCAUGUUUGGUAAAUGGCUACCCCGAGGGUUUUUCCUUCCUGUCUCUUUACUUUUCACAUAGCUCUCCAUAAAUGGGAAAAGGAAGGAACCCCAAGCUCAGGGAUGUAAACAGGCACUAUCUAUUCCAGCUUCCCUCCUGGACCCUAUGGAGUAAAGACAGUGAGUUGAGGACUGAGUGUGGUCAAGGUACCUCUGAAGGGUGAUUUACGUUUAAUUCUACUCCAGGGACGUGACACUCAUUUUGUAGGUUAUGUCAGUGUGUAGUUUUGAUUUAGUCACCCAUCAAGCAUAUAUUUCAGCCUUAGAAGAUGCUCAGAGAGAUGGAAAAAGCAAAUUUCACCACGGGGUGGGACUUCAGAACAAUGAAGCUGACCCCUCAUAGUUGUCCCUGGGGCGAUGUCCGUGCUAAGCUCUGCCAUAGCUCCAAUUAUCCUACAGUUCAUACACAGUCCUAUAUGGCCCCUUGCAGCAGCACUCACAUAGUACGCAAGGUGAGGAAAACUGCCAAAACAUCCAUUUGUUGCAACUUUGUUUUAAAGAUUGGAAGGAAAAUCAAGAGUACACUUGACCCGAUGCAGGGUGGUACUUACUGGGGACUGAAUGUAACUUUUGUAAAUGUCAAGCCAGGAGGCCGUGGGCACACAUGAGCUUUCUGUGCUGUGUGCCCCGUCUCUAGACCUGUCCCCGGGCUCAGUCCCCAUGGCUCUGUGGAGGCAAGAAGGACAGGAAACUUGUGUUUUCUAGAUCCCUUUACAUAGAGAAGAUUAGACCCAGGUAAGUUUUGGUAAAAUGGUAGUAGAUGAAAUUAACUCCAAAUACUAAGUUUCAAGCUCUAAUGAAAUUAUUAGUAUAGAAAUACAGCCGUAUUUUCAAAUUUUGUGAAGACUUUUUUGUUUUAAGUACCCACAAACUCUAAAAAGGUUUUAGCAUUGCCUUUUUUUCCCUCUGCAGAUAAACAUUCUCAAGGUGUCUCCAUUUCUGGUUCCACUGAAGAAAUCAACACUUCCCUAAGUAUUCUGUGAAUUAUUUUCCAUGAGUUUCACCAAGGGGAUACAGGACCUAUAUCACUACCGAGUUUUCUGUUUUUAUGUUCUAUAAUCUGCAACUUGUAAUGUCACAUUCUUUUUCUUUAAAAAAAAGUUUUUUUAAAUCUUUAUUUAUUUUUGAGAGAGAGACAGAGUGUAAGCAGGGGAGCAGCAGAGACAGAGGGAGACACUGAAUCGGAAGCAGGCUCCAGUCUCAGCUGUCAGCACAGAGCCCCACGCGGGGCUCGAACUCAUGAACCGUGAGAUCGUGACCUGAGCCUAAGUCAGACACUCAACUGACUGAGCCACCGGGGCGCCCCUGUCGUGUCACGUCCUGACUUAUGACUGGGCACCUUUCUGUUCACUGCAUAGAUGUGCUUACCUUCCAACUACCCUGUGGACUUGGCAGUGUAACAGACAUGCACUAUUAGGUGAGCCAUAAUAUUGCCCUCUCCUGAGGAGGCAGUGGGGGAGGCUAAUUCAGGCUAAGACUUUCGUGGUAGAAGUGCUGUGUUUGUCCCUUUCGGGCCUUAAAGAUUUGGGGGACCUGGCCAGGGAAGCUUCCUCUCAUCCUCUGCCAGUUUACACGGGCCAACCAACUCCCUGUGAAACCUGCCUGUCUCGAACUGCGGCCAUGUGGAAUCCUGACAAAAUAACAUUUUCUUUUGCUAGCGA